AUGUCGAGUUUGGGUAAUCCUAGUGCGGCAGAUGGCUUUAGCCAUUCGCAAUCACCAUCUAAGAAUCAGUUAACGAACUGGUGGAGGCAGUUCAGAAAUAAUCCGAAAUCCGUGUCUUCAGAGACGUUAAGCGAAAAUAGAAGGAAAGGUAAUGGAUCUUCUGUUUCGCGAACGAACGGGCAUGGCAGCAUUCCUGCCUUCAGGGACCCAAGCGAUGAAGAUUUUAAAGAGUAUAGAGACGCAUUUUUGAACCAACGACAUGGGUUCUCGGGUCAAGUCUUCAACGUUCCUUUGUCCCAAUCUUUAUCAGUAGCAAGUGCUGAAGUUAUAGUGCAAACUGAACUAUCAAGUUUUGGUAGGAUUCCCAUAGUUGUUGCUAAAUGUGGUGCAUAUUUGAAACAGCAAGGUUUGGAAACUUCGGGUAUAUUCCGUAUCGCUGGUAACACCAAGAGAAUCAAAGAAUUACAGUACAUUUUUUCCACUCCACCUAACUACGGGGCUAAAUUCAGCAAUUGGGACGAGUUCACAGUUCACGAUGUUGCUUCGUUACUAAGAAGAUUCUUAAACCAUUUACAAGAACCGUUGAUACCGUUAGCGCUGUAUGAUUCUUUUAGAAAACCGUUAAUUGAUAGACCAAGGAUAAUACAGCACUUAAAGAAAGCAUCAAAUGAUGGAUCAUCACAACAGAGUGACGAAGCAGAUGAUCCAGAACCGAGAGAAGUGGAAGAUUACGAUGUGCAAGAAGGUGCAGAGAUUAAUUCUGCUGCUAAAGAACUGAAAAGACAGAAAAGACAAAGGUCAAAGAAAAGGUUGGCUAAGGAUAUUAAAAAUGCUAUCAAGGAUUACGAUCAGCUGUUUGAGCUGUUGCCAGACGAUCCUCGUCAACUAUUUAUCUAUCUCCUUGAUUUACUCAGUUUGUUUGCUCAACAGUCGGACAAGAAUCUAAUGACAAGUGCCAACUUGGCAGCUAUCUUUCAACCCUCUAUGAUAUCUCAUCCUGAUCAUGAUAUGGAUCCCAGGGAAUACGAAAUUUCCAGGUUAGUGGUGGAAUUUCUUUUAUGUUACUCUUAUAAAAUUCUUCCACAUCUCUUGAAAUUAAAGAAAAGGAAACCACAAUCCAUCACAAUAAUUUCUGAUAAAGAGAAACCGUCUCCUUCGCCGGACUGCGAUGAAGAUGUAGAACCUAGUAAAGAGAAUGUGGAUUCUACCAUUGUCGUUCCAGUGACUCCAGUAGAUACUACUAAAUUCAAUGAGUCUGACAUCGGUGUUCUAACCCCACCUGAUCCACAUUACCUGGAGGUUCCAAAGACAAGGCCGUAUUCCAAAUCAUUAAGCAGUGCCAAUGCACCUUCUGAUAUGAUAGCAUCAAGGCGCCAUUCCAAAAUACCCUUUUUAAACAAGCUAUUUGUUAGUGAUACAGAAGAUGAGUAUGAUAGUAGUUCAAGACCAUCUUCGCCUAUGCUGCGCAAGACGGGCAGCACAAAUAGUGCAAAAAUGUUACAACUGCCUUCAAUAGUGGGCAUAAGUAAAGAUGAUUUCCCAACCUCAAAGACAGACAGCGACUUCGAAGAUGGCCAAGAGGAACGUCAACCAAGAUCCAAAAAACGAGAAUCUUGGUUGCAAAGACUAAAAAGUCAUUCAAGAUCAUCUAUUCGAGAAUAA